UUCAGGCCGCCAUGUCCCCCGCGCGAAGCAGACAUUUAGCGCUCUUUUCUGCUCUGGGAAUCCUCACUCUAGCGCUUUAUUAUUGGCCUCUUUUAUUCUAUUUUUCUGUUAUUCUCGUAUUUCUUUUCAUUGUACUUUAUUGUCGCAGUCCAGAAGCACUUCUCGGACGAUUAGGCUUGGAUCCUCGGACUGGAGCGAACAUUCAGCGCGUGCUGCGGCGCUGGGGCUGGGCUUGGGGGGUUAGCGGCGUGUCGGUGCCUCCGCUGAGGCUGGAAAAGUUAAUCAGCGGCAAAAGCAAACUCCCAUCUCGGGAACCAUCACAGCUCUACGAGCGUAGGUUUGGAUCGGGUGGUCCGUAUCGACCGGAGGCUCAGAACAGCGAGUCAUUUCUGUUCAGCCCGCGAGACCUGCUCAUGGGGAGUUACAUCGCCAAAGCCGAGAGUCCGCCGUCGGAAAACUCGCUCCGAGCCAUAGCUCCACGGAACCCCGGGGAACAGCUGCGACUCGGGCUCGCCAAACCCAACUAUGCAGUGUACACUCCCAAACGCAGGCUGUCCUUUACCGGAGAGCCUUUGGGGUCAGCGGCCAGGUUCACCAUCACCCCCCAGCGACACUACCCCCUCCAGCAGCAGGGGGCACAUCCUGUGGGGCUCCUACCCCCACUCAGGUGGGACGGCUUCAGGCAGAAGAGUGUUCUCAGACCCCGGAACUCCUCUGUCUCCAGCCCAGUGACAGUGAAGAUCGCCCGGCCGGAUGGACCUGCUCACAGCUUGGAGCAUGUGGGCAGCCCAGUGUUCCCCAGGGCCACAGCUGACCCCUGCUCCAGAGAGAGUGUGCUCAAGGUGCUGAAGGAGAGCCGCAAGCGAGAAGUGGAGGACGAGGGGAGCGGCUUCACAGCCCAGCAGAGGAGCAAAAGGAGGCGCAAUGACAGUGGAGGAAGUGCUCAGUCUGCUUUUGAGCCUCUGCUGCCCAAUGGGACAUCCAGCCAGCUCAUCCCCAAGCCCGGCAGUUUGAAGAGAGGGCUGACAACAGCAUUGGAGGAACCCAGUCUGAAGCACUCCCGCACCUCCUCUGUGAGCUCAUCCAGUGGAGGGCCCCCCUUCAGAGGGACCCCGAGCUUCAACAGGAACCCCAUCUCCAGCUCCUACAGCUCCUCCAGGGGGAUGGGACAGCGAAAGAGGCCAUUAGCUGCAUCGCCUCUGUCCAGCACCGGGCCUUCACGUGCUCAGACUCCAGAGGGAAGCUCCAAAAAGACCAGAGAGGAGGAGCAGGAAUGUCCCAGCACAGAGUCAUCAGUGAAGUCCGACCGAGUCUCAGGACAGCUGCCUGUGCUAGAUGCAUUGUCACCUCCUCCCACUGAGCUUGGCACCAGCUCAACAGAGCUCACUGGGAGUGGAGGGAAGCGUAAGCGUAAGAUACAGCUCAUGACCCGAGACCCAAGCCUUUCUCUGCCUCCCCCUCCAGAGCUGGGCUACACUGUCACAGCGAAGGACCUGGAUGAGGAGAAACGCAGCACUCUCAACAAGAUCUGCAAGGUCCUGGAGACGCCUACUCCUGAGACCACCACCUCCAGUGCUCCCUUCACUGUUGGCUCUAGUGGAACCCUCAGCACCUCAGUUGUGACCUUGAGCAGUACCCUGGGUACCUCUGUGAUUGCGGGGGGUGGCAGCAGCACUCCUACGUUAAGCAAUGCGGAGGGUGCUUCAGCUCAGACCAACAUCCUUCUGGAGUCUCUGAAGAGGAAGAGCCCUGGCCCUGCCUCAGUGACUGUGUCGACUCAGGUCCAGCCCACUGUGGCCCCGCAGCCGUCGCUCCCUCCUGUCUCUACCUCUGUGGUGCCUCCAGCAACAGCCUCGUGUCAGCAGCCCCCUGCCCCUGCUCCUACUUCUACUCCAGGUCUCUUCAGCCUGCUGUCUGCUUCCUCCAGCACAUCCGCCCCUGCUGCCAGCGUUGCCCCCUCUCAGCUGACCUCGGGCUUCAAACCAAUCUUCAGCACCCCCAGCAGCACCCCCAGUAGCACCCCUAGCAACACAGCUGCUGAUACCAAACCUCUCCAGAACUUUAAGCCCAUUUUUGGCACUGCUCCUGAAAGUGCUGUGUCCACCUCAGCCUCCUCUGCCUCACUCCCUGUGUCCAGUGGCUCCAGUAUCACCACCACAGCUUCUCUGUUCUCGGUCAAUGCCGCGGCCAUCAGUGGGGGGUCAGCUCUCACACCCAUGUUUGGAGGCGCUUCUGGGAACUCACUGCAGGUGUCUUCAACUCCUGGGACCAAGCCACCCAGCUCCUCUCAGACUGGAGUGAGCCUUGUACAGACGGCUCCCACUCAAAGCAGCAAUGGAGGGGCCACGUUUGGAGGCUUCGGGACCAUCAGUACACUGGCCCCUCAAACAUUUGGGACCACCACCACACAAGCUCCUCCCCCUUACGGGACCACCUCCACACAGGCCCCUCCAGCUUUCAGCUCCACUGCUUCCGCCUCCAUACAGGCCCCUCCCACUUUCAGCUCCACCGCCUCCACACAAGCUCCUCCUACCUUUGGCUCCACUUCCUCCACACAGGCCCCUCCCACUUUUGGCUCCACUGCCUCUACACAAGCCCCUCUGACUUUCGAGUCCACCGCCUCCACACAGGCCCCUCCCACCUUUGGUUCCACCGCCUCCACACAGUCUAAUACCUUUGGGAGCACCAUGUCACAGUCUACAUUCACUUUUGGGAAGUCAUCUUUAGACUCUAGUGCGACUCAGCCCAGCUUCAGUUCCACAGCAGAACCUCCCAAAGCCUUCACAUUUGGAGCGACGCCCUCAGCUCCAGCUUCACAGACUGCUCCUCCUGCUCUGGGACAGACCCCCAGCACAGCGCCCUCCUUUGGGACUCUGCCUAAGCCUUCCUUCUCCUUUGGCAGCUCCACAGCCGCAGCUCCCGCCUUUGGAACUGAGGCCCCUCAGAGCUCCGGCGCCUUCACGUUUGGCAGCUCCGGUCAGCCACCUGCCCCCUCCAACACCCAGCCCUCAGCUGUAUUCAAGUUUGGGGCUUCAUCAGCCCCCCAGUUUGGGACGCCCGUCAAUACUGCACCCCAGAUGGGAGCGUUCACAUUUGGGGCCACGAACUCCGAUAAACCAGCUUUUGGACCCACAGUCCCUGUGUUUGGUGCUCCUGCUCCCAUCCCCUUUGGAAGUCCAGGGACUCUAGGCCAGAGCUUCAACACUGCUCCUUUUGGCUCUCCAGCCACCCCCUCCUUUUCCAUUGGUGCUGGUUCAAAACCUUCAGCCACGCGCCAAAGACUCCAGGCUCGACGACCACACAUCCGCAAGAAGUAACCAGCACCAGAAGUAACCACACAGCUCCACACACUGGCCUAAGCACAGACCUGGUGCUGAGCUGGAACAUGCAUUGAAGGCUAAAUGCACGCUGGACUACCUUCCCCUGAGUGGAUUUCUCCCUCUCUGUUCACCAAUUAGAACAUCAAAUGUGUUCAGCAAGCCGCCUCCUGCUGCAUUUGUGUUUUACUAAAGAAACAAUGGUCAGUGACCAUCCUUGAACUGCUCAGAUGGGCUUAGACCUUAACAUGGAGCUCCCUCUUUGUUAAGCUGUAGAUAUAUUAUGUGCAUAAAUAAUUUUUAUGUAAAUAAAUAUUUUUCUGAACAUCCUGCA